ACGCGCAGAGUUCGACUUCUAGAUGCUUUGCCCCUCGGGGAAGUGUGUCCACCUACAAAUCAUUCCCAUCUGCUCCAUCGGAGAAAAGGAAGGAGAAAGGAAAGAAAGCCCUCCAAAUCUUUGGUGUUGCCAUCUCCCUCCUCGCGGGUGCGCGUCUCCUCCCUCGACCUAUCGCUUCCCAUCUUCUCUGCUUGCCUUUCUUUGCUUCUCUUCCCCUUCGCUUCCAGCACUAGCUCCCCCUUCGUUCUGCCUUCACGAUUUCUGUCGUCUUAAUUUUUUGACCUUUCCGCCAUUGAAGAUUUGAUUGCCGCUGAGUAGAACGGAUUUUGAUGACGAAAUCUCAGGGUUCGGCAAUAGGUACGCGAGGAAAGCCAAGAUCGACGGAAAGGCCGCGGUCACGGAGGCCGUUCACCACCAACACUCGCUCGGGGUUCACACCCGGGCCAAAACCCUGGCACUCAAGCGCCUCCAGUAGACGUCACGGGACACCGCGUCCUGCUACCUCCAGCUAGGAAGCCGCUGUCUCGAGUAGCACCUCCCCGUCCCCGCUUCCGCUAGGUCCAGGGCAGCUACCAGGAACAGGCCGAACGCCGACCCUAACCCUAAUUCUAACCCUAGCCCUGCUCCUGUCCCUAGCCGAAGCCCUAAUCUCGUGAACCAGGCGGCCGGUGGAGGAGAGAGUCCGGUGAAUUCGGACUCCGUGGGGUCCGUACCAACAAAGAGUAUCUGCUUCAAGAAGACAAAGGCCACGGCGGUGGCUGUUCGGGAGGCGUCGCCGGAGGUCGAUGCUGCGGAGACGGAAAGUUCAUUUGGGGAGAAUCAUCUCGACCUCGACACCUCCAGAGAUAACUAGAGCGUGAGCAUUCUAUUUGCUGGAUCUAAACGGUUCCGCAGAUCACGAUCUGUAGUGGUAAAUGGAAUCCCGCAGGAAAGUUCCCUCCUUGGUGGAGCUAUGCAGGGACACGGCGAUCCUUAACCUUAGGUUCAUGGGAGAUGUUGGAGACACGGAGUUGCACCUAUUGAAGGACAUCUUACCUCGCUGUAACAUUAAGGAGUUGACCCAUAUCGAGUACUCAUCGGAAGGAAGGGACCUCAGUCCAGUGACAGAUGACUUGUGGAAAAGAUUCUAUUUGCGAUAUUUUGGAGAGAAAAAUGCAAAUACUGUGAUCAACAGGAUGAAACAGAAUAAAGUAGUAUUUAAGUGGAGAGAGCUCUAUGAGGCAAAGGAAAAGGAACUGGAUGAGGUUAUAAAUAGAACGGUGAAGAAAAUUAAUGCAGAGAUCCAACAUAGGAAUCAAUGGAAUCUACAAUUCCAAAGUUGUUCUGAAGAUCCAUUCUCAGAAAAGAAGAGAGGCCAUGGGGAAGGAAUUGGACCGAGUAAUAUGAAAAGUAACCUGAUGAAGAAGGCAAAAUUGGAGUAUCGUGAUAGCCAUGAAGUAAAAAUACAUGCUCUGCAGCCAAACAGGUUAUCACAUCAAAGCAUCCCAAAACAAAACAAUAUCCUUCCAAGUAGUUCGGAUUCAAGUUCAAGAAAUGGAAAACCAGCAGCGAGAAAAUAAUUGCUUUACCUCAUCUUUUCAGGGUUUCUCAUGAGAAGGAAAACUGUGGCAUCUAUUUAUUUCCUACAAUUUAUGGUACUCUGUCAGUAAGGUGCCUUGUUGGCAUUAGUCUCUUUAUCAGCCUCAUGUGAGUUUCGUAUCUCUAUAGAAAGAUUUGUGUUGACUAUAAAUAUUUGGUUUUAUAGCUUUAGAUUUGAGUUUUA